ACGGAGCAAUCUGCGACGCUCCUCUCCGGUCGGUUUUUAUUUAUUUUUGUCCUCUGUGAAUAUAAAUAAAAUGUCCCUAUUAUCUGAUCGCCUAACAGUUAAAAUUUGAAGAGAAGUGUUUUCCAGCAGCAGCGGUCAGGACUUAUCAACAUGGAGGCCGCUGAAGGUGUGAGCGCUGCCACGCCCACAGAGGAGAUGAACGGUGCCGGGAACCUGAUGGACUUCCUGGACGAGCCUUUCCCCGACGUGAGCACGUACGAAGACUUCCACACCAUCGACUGGCUAAGGGAGAAAUCCAGGGACACGGACCGCCACCGCAAGAUCACCAGUAAGAGCAAAGAGUCCCUCUGGGAGCUGAUUAAGAGCCUGCUAGAUGCCUGGUCUGGAUGGGUGGUGAUGCUGCUCAUCGGCCUCCUCUCAGGGACACUGGCUGGCGUGAUCGACCUCGCCGUGGACUGGAUGACGGACCUGAAGGAGGGCGUGUGCCUCUCAGCCUUCUGGUACAGCCACGAGCAGUGCUGCUGGACAUCCAACGAGACCACUUUCGACGACCGGGACAAGUGCCCGCAGUGGCAGAAGUGGGCGGAGCUUAUGACGGGACACGCCGAGGGAGCCGGCGCGUACGUGUUGAAUUACUUCCUGUACGUCCUGUGGGCUCUGCUCUUCUCCUUCCUGGCGGUGUCGCUGGUGCGAGUGUUCGCUCCGUACGCCUGCGGGUCAGGAAUCCCAGAGAUCAAGACGAUCCUCAGCGGCUUCAUCAUCCGGGGCUACCUCGGGAAGUGGACCCUGCUGAUCAAGACGGUCACCCUGGUGCUGGCGGUGUCAUCAGGCCUCAGUCUGGGGAAGGAGGGUCCUCUGGUGCAUGUGGCCUGCUGCUGCGGAAACCUCUUCUGCAGCCUUUUCUCCAAGUAUAGCAAGAACGAGGGCAAGAGGCGAGAGGUGUUGUCGGCGGCAGCAGCAGCUGGAGUGUCGGUGGCCUUCGGCGCACCCAUUGGAGGAGUCCUAUUCAGCCUGGAAGAGGUCAGCUAUUACUUCCCUCUGAAGACUCUGUGGCGCUCCUUCUUUGCCGCUCUGGUUGCCGCCUUCACGCUACGUUCCAUCAACCCUUUUGGAAACAGCCGCCUGGUGCUCUUCUAUGUGGAGUACCACACCCCAUGGUACAUGGCCGAGCUGGUGCCCUUCAUCCUGCUCGGUGUCUUCGGCGGCCUCUGGGGGACCCUCUUCAUCCGGGCCAACAUUGCCUGGUGCCGCCGGAGGAAGACGACCCAGCUGGGAAAGUACCCAGUCCUGGAGGUGAUUGCUGUGACGGGGAUCACCGCUGUUCUGGCGUACCCCAACCCAUACACUCGCCGCAGCACCAGCGAGCUCAUCUCGGAGCUCUUUAACGACUGCGGCGCACUGGAGUCAUCUCAGCUCUGCGAUUACAUCAACAACCCCAACAUGAGCCGGCCAGUGGACGACAUCCCGGACCGCCCGGCAGGUCCUGGCGUCUACAGCGCCCUGUGGCAGCUCGCCCUCGCGCUCAUCUUCAAGAUCGUCAUCACCAUCUUCACUUUUGGCAUGAAGAUCCCCUCAGGUCUCUUUAUCCCCAGCAUGGCGGUUGGAGCGAUUGCCGGGCGGAUCGUCGGGAUCGCAGUGGAGCAGAUGGCAUACCACCACCACGACUGGAUCAUCUUCAAAAACUGGUGCCGGCCUGGCGCCGACUGCGUCACACCGGGAUUGUACGCCAUGGUGGGAGCCGCUGCCUGCCUGGGCGGCGUGACCAGGAUGACCGUCUCCCUGGUGGUCAUCAUGUUCGAGCUCACGGGCGGCCUAGAGUACAUCGUCCCCCUGAUGGCGGCUGCCGUCACCAGCAAGUGGGUGGCAGACGCCUUCGGUAAGGAGGGCAUCUACGAGUCGCACAUCCUGCUCAACGGGUACCCAUACCUGGACGUCAGGGAUGAGUUCACCCACCGCACCCUGGCCACCGAUGUGAUGGGGCCCCGCAGGAACGACCCGCCUCUGGCGGUCCUCACGCAGGACUCCACGACAGUGGAGGACGUGGAGACGCUGAUCAAAGACACAGACUACAACGGCUUCCCCGUGGUCGUGUCCAGAGAGUCGGAGAGGCUCAUCGGCUUCGUCCAGCGCCGGGACCUCACGCUCGCCAUCAAAAACGCCCGUCAGAAGCCGGACGGCGUGGUGAGCAGCUCAGUGGUGUACUUCACAGAGGACGCGCCGCAGCUGCCAGCGAGCAACCCGCAGCCUCUGAAGCUGCGACGCAUCCUCAACCUCAGCCCCUUCACCGUCACCGACCACACGCCCAUGGAGACGGUGGUGGACAUCUUCCGCAAGCUGGGCCUCCGCCAGUGUCUGGUCACCAGGAGCGGACGUCUCCUCGGCAUCAUCACCAAGAAGGACGUUCUGCGUCACAUGGCCCAGAUGAUGAACCAGGAUCCAGAGUCCAUCAUGUUCAACUAGCGUGAGGGGCGGGUUUCUUGUUUUGAUGGUGUAAAUAGGUGAAACUGGAGCGACGCCACGCUGCUCUCCAACCUGUGAAAAACCCCCGCCCACCUCCUGACAGGCAAGCCCCACCCCCCGCUGCAGGAAAGCUGUCAAACGUAGUGAAUCGACCUCAGCGGUCGGUUAUUUAUUGCUGCUCAUUCACUUUAAACAUUCGCAUGAAGGGCGGCAUGUGGUCGACUGUGUCUGAGGAGUGAAUCACAAUCGUCUCUGUUCAUAUUUAAAUGAAAUUUGGACCACUGAGGCUCUUUGCUGCCAUGCUUUUUUUGGCCCACAGUGUAGAUUUUAACAGGCAUGUAGCAGGUGUUAUCUCAUUCAGAAAGGUUUGCUCUGCCCAAACUUUCCGCUUUUCUUCUAUUUUUAUGGAGGUAAAAGCAAAGCAAUGAAGCUCAAAUAGGCUCUCAUUUCCCUGCAGGUUCCUUUCUUCAGUCAGGUGUAACCCUGUGAUCAGUUCACAGGCAGAAAACUUAAAAAUACGCAGGCACAGAGAAGAUCUGGUGGAGGGCUUGUCAACAAAUUGGCGCCAAAAAUUUUGAGCUAAUCUUGAGGCUGGAAACGACACAUUUCAAAAGUUUGGGUUCAGAUUUUACCUGGAGCUCUUAUUUGAGUUCAAAUUGAACACAACACCUCAAUAAAAUGUACUAAAACUGGAUAUGAAGCUAACAUGGCAGAUAUGAAGUGUACUUUAAUGUCUUUUUGAAUGAGAUAAUGCUCGUGAUCCUCUGUGGAGAUGAUCACAGCAGAUUCGUGCUCGGAGGUAAUCUGGGACCAGCUGUCUGCAGCUGACUGUAUUUAAAGUUGACGACUUUGUUGCACUUUGUAUUGUUUUUAUUGUAUGUGUUGCUGCCAUAUUUAUAUUACUGCUGCCUGUGUCUGCGUGUUGUUCUGAAUCAUGUGGCAUUUGACUGGCAUCUGUUAAUCUGACCUGGAGGAGCCCUGAAACACUAAACCUCGUUUUUGUUUGUUUUUAAUGUAGCGCUCGAUGUUCCUCUCGUUAUCGGCCAGUCAGAUUUUUUGCACAGAGGGGACGUGAGAGGUGACAUCACAAAGCGCUCCAACUCCACCUGUAAAAAUCAAAACACAAACCUGUUUUUUUUUUGUUGUUGUUGUUGUUGUUUUUUGGGGUUGUUUUUUUUUUUUUUUUUUUUUCAAAGAGGAUCUGCGUGCAUCUCUGGAUCGUUUCCAGUCAUUUUAAGUUGCUCUGUGACUUUAACACCAAACCAGAAAAAUAAAAAUAUAACGGUGUCCAACACAACAGCCCCCUAAGCCAAGAGAUCCCAGAGUAUUUUUCCUGGCCUGCAGGGAGGGUAUAGAAGCUCAUUUUUAUAACUUUAUGUGCUGCUGGGUCUCUUAACCCAUAUAAUUUCAUUGGUUGUAGAGUUGUAUUUCACAUUAAUGAUCUAAAUGUGUGCAGAUACCUUUAGUUUGUAUCGAGUCAGCGGUCAUUUCCACAGCUGAGGAGAGUCUUUUCUGCAGCUUUAAGCUUGCUGAUGAGGUGGUUUGAUGAAGAACUCUUACUGGCCAAAAACAAGUUCAGGUUUGAAGGUGUCUGUUUUGACUCGCUGGGAGAGACCCGGGGCUCGUCUCAGAGCCACAGAUGGUCAGAAAAGGACGUUGAGGCAGUUGUAUAUCUAAAUGCUGGACGCGAUCCACGGCUGCACGAGGAGCCGACACUGAAGGGGAGAUCGGUCAAAUUUAAAACAGGAAUGUAUCUGAAUUCUUUCGGGUGGAGUCGCAGAGCUUUGUACCCACCUCAUAAGUUCAUAUUUCAGAUAAUGAAACCUGCUUGAGUUGAUCUAAAGGCUCACACACACACACACACACACACACACACACACACACACACACACACACACACACACACACACACACACACACACAGAGCUCAGUUUUAGUCUGAUCCAUUUUAAAAAAAGCUAACUUCUCUUCUUUUUUCUAUCGCGAACUGCACAUAGAGACAAAGUAAAGGGAAAUGUUGCCAUGUCACGCUUGCUGUCCAAGCAGUAGCUGCCUAAAAAUUAAAAGCCAAAUAAACAUCUCUUUGCUUGUCGCUCUCGUGUUCCUCAAGUCAAAGGAAAAGCUGAAUUUAAAGGAGCUAAAUGUGAGGAUCGUGUCCCCGGUGCAGCACAGAACCCGUGUGUGGGAGCCUUUAAAGCAGCGAUUUCAUAUUCACGAGUCUGACGCUGCUUUAGUGCUUUGGAGCUGAGGUCCUAUAAGCUGAUGUUAAUAAUACUGUCACUGUGUGUGACACUAACAGGAAGAUUCACAGAGAUAAUAUCAUCUCCAGAAAGGUCACUGAGCGUGCUCGGUUCCUGUGAUGGUGUAAAAAAAAACGGAUGCUGCUCACUGAAACCCUCUCUGUGGUGUAAAUACUGGACAUUUAUUGUAAUCAUUUCUUUUUAAAUUAACUUUAUUCUGUCUGAAACGCACUGAUUAAAUGUUUUAUUUGGACGCUAAGUGUUUAUGAGAUGCAUCGGUAGAAAUCAAACAUCUGCACUUUUAUUUGUGGGCUUCGGAAAAAGGGACUGAAGAAUCAAUAAAACCUUUGAGUUACCC